CCGGGGCGCACGGGGGGGCGAGUCUCGGAGAAACCCCGCGCGCCCUGCGAGUUUCUCCCCGCCGGCUGGAAGCACGUUCCCCCCGGCCGUGUGGGUGCCGCUUUUUCAAACUUCAGAACCAGCGCCGGCCGGGCCGGGAUCGGGAGUGAGAAACGCCAAGCGGGAAGGGGAGGAGCGCGCACCCCUCAGGGCCUUGGCGCGCGCCGCGCCCCCGACCCUCCCGGUACCUGGGAGGGGACGCGCGCGCCGGACGCUCCCAGACGGCCUCGAUGGCGCUGGCGGCCGGCGCGCUCGGCGGGAUCCCAGACUCCAGCCCCGGCACCCGGGCUCGGGGCGCGCUCGUCUUCGUGGGGCUCUUACUCUGCACCUGGUGCACAGGCCCUGCCAGAGCCAUCCAGGUGACGGUGUCUGACCCCUACCACGUGGUGAUCCUGUUCCAACCUGUGACCCUGCCCUGCACCUACCAGCUGACCACGACCCCCACAGCACCCAUUGUGAUCUGGAAGUAUAAGUCUUUCUGCCGAGACCGCAUCGCCGAUGCCUUCUCGCCCGCCAGCGUGGACAACCAGCUCAAUGCCCAGCUGUCGGCCAACAACCCGGGCUACAACCCCUAUGUGGAGUGCCAAGACAGCGUGCGCACGGUCCGGGUGGUGGCCACCAAGCAGGGCAACGCCGUGACCCUGGGCGAGUACUACCAGGGCCGUAGGAUCACCAUCACAGGAAAUGCUGACCUGACUUUUGACCAGACUGCUUGGGGAGACAGCGGUGUGUACUACUGCUCCGUGGUCUCGGCCCAGGACCUCCAGGGCAACAAUGAGGCCUAUGCGGAGCUCAUCGUCCUGGAUUGGCUCUUCGUGGUCAUGGUCUCCCUGGCCGUCUUCCUCGUCUUCCUCCUCCUGAGCAUCUGCUGGUGCCAGUGCUGCCCCCACACCUGCUGCUGCUACGUCAGGUGCCCCUGCUGCCCCGAGAAGUGCUGCUGCCCCAAGGCCCUCUAUGAUGCCGCCAAAGAAGCCACUUCAGGCCUCGCGAGCAACUACGCCUCCAGUGCCUACGCCCUCUCCCCUGCCAAGUCACCACCCCCGCCGGUCAUGAUGACCAUGGAACCAUACAGGUACCCCAGAGACUUCGACCGCAACAGCUCAGUUGGCCACAGCUCCCAGGUGCCCCUGCUUCGUGACACAGACAGCAGCGCGAACUCCGAAAUCCGCAGCGGCUAUAGGAUUCAGGCCAGCCAGCAUGAUGACUCCAUGCGGGUCCUGUACUAUAUGGAGAAGGAACUGGCCAACUUCGACCCUUCGCGACCUGGCCCUCCCAAUGGCCGAAUAGAGCGAGCCAUGAGUGAAGUCACCUCCCUCCACGAAGACGACUGGAGGUCCCGGCCUUCCAGGGGCCCUGCCCUCACCCCAAUCCUGGAUGAGGAAUGGGGCCGGCACUCCCCGCGGCGGAGGGAGCCGGAGCCCCUCAUGGAGCGGCCCGGGAGGGACUGGGAGGGGCCCAGGCGCCCCCGGGCCCACUCUGUGGAUGCUCUGGACGACUUUGGCAGGCCAGGCUCUGCGGAGUCCGGUCGGUCUCCCCCGAGCAGUGCCGGGAGGAGAGGCCGGGCCUAUGCACCCCCCAGAAGCCGCAGCCGCGAUGACCUGUACGACCGGGAUGACGACAGGGACUUUGCACGCUCUCGGGAUCCGCACUAUGACUUCAAGCCUCGAGACCGCCCUUACGCUGAGCUUCGAUCCCACUACCACCGCUCCCGCGACCCCCGGGACGACAGCUCCAGGUCCCGGGACCCCCCCUAUGAUGGGCGCCUAGUGGAAGAGGCCUUGAGGAAAAAGGGGCCAGCCGCUGAGAAGCGGCGGAGGCCAUACAGGGAGGAGGAAGAGGAGGAGGAGGAGGACUACUACCCUCCUCCAGCACCGCCCCCCUACUCAGAGACCGACUCCCAGGCAUCCCGGGAGCGGAGGCUCAAGAAGAAUCUGGCCCUGAGUCGGGAAAGUUUAGUCGUCUGAUGUCACAUUUUGUAUGUAGCUUUUAUACAGUUCUUUUUUUUUUUUAAUUUGAGGGAAAUGAUGAUGAUGACCUCCCUGCCCCCCCCCCGAUCUUCCCCAAAUUAAUAAAAUUUGUAACCAC